GGCGGCGGCGGCGGCGAGCGCGCGGCGGCGGUGGCGGCAGCGGCGAGCGCGCGGCGCCCAUUCAUGAUCCAGCGCGCGGGGCCGGUGGCCGGUAAAGCGGAACCGGUGCUCGGUAAAUCGGCGCCGGUACCGCCGUUAUGGAAACAUCGGGGCAUCUCCACGAUUCGGGCGUGGGGGACUUGGAGGAGGACGGUCGGUGUCCAUGUCCCUUACCGGGGGAUGAACGGUCACCGCCACCGCCGCCACCUCCCGCCGCGCUGCCGCCGCUCCAGCACAGCCUGUUGCACUCCUCGCCCGGGUCGUUACGGGCCCCUCCUCCUCCUCCCGCCGCCCCCGCCGCCCUCCACCCUUCCUCCCGCCACGGCAGCCAGCUCAACCUCGGCGACCACCCGGCGGGCUCCGGGGCGGGGAGCGGCAAACACCGGCAGCCCAGCCCGUUGGUACACCGGCGGGACAGUAACCCCUUCACCGAGAUCGCCAUGAGCUCCUGCAAGUACAGCGGGGGGGUGAUGAAGCCCCUCAGCCGGCUCAGCGCAUCCCGCAGGAACCUCAUCGAGGCCGAACCGGAGGCGCAGCCCUUGCAGCUCUUUGGUGCCGGCGGACCCCCCGAGAUCGUCGUCUCGCGUGAGGACAACCACGCGCCCGCCGUCCGCCGUCCCGACCACCGCCCGCCCGCUCACCCGGCCCCCGCCGCUUUCGCCAAGGGGCCCAAGCGCAAGGCGCAGAACAUCGGCUACCGGCUGGGGCACCGGCGGGCGCUCUUCGAGAAGAGGAAGCGCCUCAGUGACUACGCGCUCAUCUUCGGCAUGUUCGGCAUCGUCGUCAUGGUCAUCGAGACUGAGCUCUCCUGGGGGCUCUACUCCAAGGACUCCAUGUUCUCUCUGGCCCUGAAAUGCCUUAUCAGCCUCUCCACCGUCAUCCUGCUGGGCCUCAUCAUCGCCUACCACACGCGGGAGGUGCAGCUCUUUGUGAUCGACAACGGAGCCGACGACUGGCGGAUAGCGAUGACGUACGAGCGCAUCCUCUACAUCAGCCUGGAGAUGCUGGUCUGUGCCAUACACCCCAUCCCCGGGGAGUACAAGUUUUUCUGGACAGCCCGCCUGGCUUUCUCCUACACGCCUUCCCGCGCAGAGGCGGACGUGGACAUCAUCCUGUCCAUCCCCAUGUUCCUGCGCCUCUACCUGAUCGCUCGGGUGAUGCUGCUGCACAGCAAGCUCUUCACCGACGCCUCCUCGCGCAGCAUCGGGGCGCUCAACAAGAUCAACUUCAACACCCGCUUCGUCAUGAAGACUCUCAUGACCAUCUGCCCCGGGACGGUGCUGCUGGUCUUCAGCAUUUCCCUCUGGAUCAUCGCCGCGUGGACGGUCCGGGUGUGCGAGAGGUACCACGACCAGCAGGACGUAACCAGCAACUUCCUGGGUGCCAUGUGGCUCAUCUCCAUCACCUUCCUCUCCAUCGGCUACGGCGACAUGGUCCCGCACACCUACUGCGGGAAGGGGGUCUGCCUGCUCACCGGCAUCAUGGGUGCCGGCUGCACGGCACUGGUGGUGGCCGUGGUGGCCAGGAAGCUGGAGCUCACCAAAGCGGAGAAGCACGUCCACAACUUCAUGAUGGACACGCAGCUGACGAAGCGGAUUAAGAACGCGGCGGCCAACGUCCUGCGGGAAACGUGGCUCAUCUAUAAGCACACCAAGCUGCUGAAGAAGAUCGACCACGCCAAAGUCAGGAAGCAUCAGAGGAAGUUCCUCCAAGCCAUUCACCAGUUGCGGAGCGUGAAGAUGGAGCAGAGGAAGCUCAGCGACCAAGCCAACACCCUGGUCGACCUCUCGAAGAUGCAGAACGUGAUGUACGACCUCAUCACCGAGCUCAACGACCGCAGCGAGGACCUGGAGAAGCAAAUCGGCAGCUUGGAGUCCAAGCUGGAGCAGCUCAGCGCCAGCUUCAACUCCCUGCCCCUGCUGAUGGCCGACAUGCUGCGCCAGCAGCAGCAGCGUCUGCUCGCCGCCGUCCUGGAGGCGCGGGGGGUCGGCGUGCCCAUGGGCACCCCCCAAACUCCUCUCUCCGAGAGCCCCAUCGGGGUCAGUUCCACCUCCUUCCCCACCCCUUACACGAGUUCGAGCAGCUGCUAAAACGCAGCCCCGCAGCCCCCCCCGCGGACAGGGGAAGCGUUUCUGCGCGGGUCCCGAGGUCUCCGUGGACUUUCUUCUGGUCCUCGAAUCACCGCCGCGGGACCCUUCAGCCAGAGCCGGUGGGGACCAGCAGUGCCGAGUGAUGCUCGGAGCUUUGCCAACGCCUUGGUAUCGGGAAUCGCAUCCCCGUUCAGGUGCCUCUACACGUGGUGAAGGAAGGGGACGGCAGGCGACGCCUCGGGCGAGCCCGCGCCGUGGCAUCCGGUGGCAGAUGGAAAACCCACGCUCAAUCUCAGGUCUUCACGUUUGAAAACAAACCAAGUCAGAAGCACUGAAGCAAUGGAGACACCAGAGGGAGAGUUCUCCUCCCCUGCGUGGACCCUGCCGGGGGGGGCCGGGGCGCUCCCCUUGCCCCCUGCCCCUCUCACCAUCGCAAAGCCCCACCGGGCAGAUGCCGUCGUGGCGGUUUCUUGCACAGGCUCUGACCUACGCUGCCCAUGCUCCAGCCCAUCUCCUUAGCGGGACCCACACGAACCCCCCCCACCUGGCAUUGUCGGGCGGGUGACAGUGUCUGGCCAGAACCUGCCCGGGGCCGGGGUGGGGGGGGACGGUUCUCCAGAGCCGUGAGUGUUUUCUGCCCGGGCAGAACAAGGGACGCUUCUUCUUUCUGGUCCUUGGUGUCGCAUUCUGCCUGGAGACGCGUGCCAGAGCUGGGAAAGCAGUGCCUAAAGCACGUGGGGAUGCGGGGCUGCCCCCGGCCGACGCCGCGAUGGCCAGUGAUGGGGCUGGCGGGCCAGCCUGGGCGCCGGGGGGGGUCUCCAGGUGCUCACAUCGCCGCCUGCCCAGGAGCUCCCCCCCCCAACAUUUUGGGAAGCCACCGGGCUCUUUGUGGCGGCCUCAAAACUGCCAGAUGAAAACCCCCAUCAGCUACAACCACCUCCGCUUGCGCCAGGAAUGUCCGCGCUCGAGCCCGGCCGGCAGCGCCGAAUCCGCCAGGGUCGAGCGGGGGCUCGCUGGCAAGCGACGUAGUAGCGGGAAAAGGCGCUUCAUCUGUUUAAAACAAAGCCCGUCGGCUUCGUGCCGCUUCCGCUGGGUUCAGUGGGAAUCGGCGGCACCAUCCGGCACCGUCUUGGCAACGGCGCGGCGAUCGGCACUAGCCGCCGCCCGUGCCUGCCGAAACGCAGCCCCUCAUGCUUUAUUUUUCUUUUGCUGAUCUUCUUCCCUUGGGCGUCACCAGGCUACGUCUGGAACCAGCUAUUUUCUGUUCUGCUUUCACCAUUUCCUCCCUUUUUUCCUCCCUAGUUCUGCCCUGGGGUCGCGUUUGGGCUCUGCCGGGUCCUUGCACGGAUCCCCGCCUGCUGCUGCCGGGCUCCGGCUCUGGGGCCGGUGUUUGCUGCUUUCACUGAAAACUCAGCAGAGGCUAUUUAUAUAUAUUUUUUUAAACAGAUGAAGUAACCAUGUAAUUACUCCGCGAUAUUAAUUACACCUCACCCAGCAGUGUCAGUAAUUGUAAUCAAAGUCACUGUGUUACUCCAGGUAUACUCAGCCUGUAAUCUUCUCCUUCGUAACUCUUUCACUUCCAUAAAUAACGCUGGAUUUCGUGCACAUGUAGGCAGGGACGCAUCGGCCCAACGCCGAGGAAUCUCCGUGCAAAACUCCACUUGCUGCUGGUGGUAGGUGGUUUACUCCUCGUGCCCUGCAAUUAAAGUUACAUAGAAAACGAGCAGAAGUUAGCGAGGAGCGCUCGCCCCACCGGCCCCAGGCGGUGGCAGGAGGAGGAGGAGGAGGAGGAAGGCUGCAAGGAGUGCUGCAGAAUGAGCUCCCGGCGCUGCGGAGGGGGUUGCGUCGAGCCCGCUGGUAGCAGGGUGACGAGCCGUGGUUGUUCCCGUCGCGUUCAGGGAGGAGAGGAGGCGAGCGGCGCCGGCCGCCGGCCUUUUUCUUCUGCUCCUCGGCCGGCGGGAGAUACUCAGCUUCUGGGAACGAGCUGCUCUUUCCCUCUUCCAAGCUCUCGCCAUCAGUGGAAUUGUAGGGCGGGCUGGGAGAGCGUCGCUGCCCUGGCAGCCCCCCCCAAGGUCUCUUCUCGGCCCUGCCGCUGCUCCCCGGGUGCCUACGGGUGACCCUCAGCCCUACCUCCACGGCCGGAGAACCUUCUGCCCAGCUCCAUAAGGUUUCCAGCGUGGCAAUGGAGAAAAUGUUGGAAAUUCUAAGACUAAGCCUGAAAUGCAGCGUCUCUGCUGGCCUGCAGGCAGCCAGCGGAGAGAAAAAAAAAAAAAAAAAAAAAGGCUUCCGUACCUCUCCAGGGGUUCGGGCAGGAGCAAACCGCCACGUGCAACGGGUCUGCGUGCGGGGCGAGGUGUGGAGAUGUAUCCUGGGGCGUCAGAGAGCCAGAGGAAGUAUCGAUGCUUGAGAAUCCGUAUCGCCUGCGGGAACCUCCUCAGGGGGUGAUGAUCAAGUCUGGGAAAUCCAAUGGAGUAAGACAGGACCAGGCGCCGUCGGCUCGCGGGGACCGCGGUGCUGAAGGGGAGCGAGGAACCGGUGGCGAGAGGUUCGGGAUGGCAGCCGGUGCAAGAGCUCCAUGUCCUGGGGCAGAGUCGCUGCAGUGGGAUUUCGGCAGGGCUGAGAGGAGCUGGGCCAGCGCGGUGGGAUCUCUGCACCCCACAGCCUGCACGCCCCCCCCUCACCCCUGCACAACCUGCACCCCAAACACCCCCCCCCACCUGAGACUUCGCAGCCCUGGCUCUGCACCCUACGCUCUGCACCUUGCACCCUGCAUCCCAUGCACCUCACAUCCUCCAUCCCUCACCCUGCGUCCCACGCACCCCUGCACCC